GGCAAUUCAAAAGCAAUCACUCCCCCUGACAAAGCUAGAACUAUUGGGAGAUCAGUUGAAGUAGGAGGGUCCCCAGGCAAAGAAGGAUCAAAGGUCCCAUCAUUUGCAAGAAUAGAUGGAGGACGAGGAAUGGCCAGGUCAGUCACAGGGAUUUCCUCAGACAUCCCAGAAGAAUUUGACAAGAGUGGAGGAAGCUCAGGAGCUUGGGCUAGCUCGGGGACUUGGACCUCAUACUCAAUAGAUGCUAGCUUAGAAGCCUCAGCCCUAGUCUCAGCAAAAAUGAGCCAGGGGCCUCUAUCUCGUCCCUAG